AAGUACCCUUGUGGCAAAAUUGCUGUGGUAAGGAAAAAAAGGUCUGUUCUUUCACCCACUGACCAUAGCAAUGGAAUGAGUGAUCAAGAAGACCCUGCUGCAAACGAAACGAGCACAGAGGAGGACUUUGCAAUUACCACAGAAAGCCCAACGCCUCCACCUGACAACAGAACCAGCAGCAAGACUCCGUAUGUCGAUACCAGGAUAGUUGGUGGGGAUGAGUGUCUUCCUGGCCAGUGCCCAUGGCAGGCUGUUCUGUUAAACGAGGAAGGAGAAGAGUUUUGUGGUGGAACGAUUCUGAAUGAAAAUUUCAUACUUACUGCAGCUCAUUGCAUAAACCAAUCCAAAGAAAUCAAAGUUGUUGUUGGUGAAGUGGACAGAGAGAAGAAAGAGCAGUCUGAAUCAAUGCACACUGUGGACAAAAUAUUUGUUCAUUCCAAAUUUAUUGUUGAGACUUAUGAUAAUGACAUUGCUUUAUUAAAGCUGAAGGAACCUAUCAGGUUUUCAGAGUACGUCAUCGCAGCAUGUCUCCCCAAAGCAGACUUUGCUAAUGAAGUUCUGAUGAACCAAAAAUCUGGGAGGGUUAGUGGCUUUGGGCGGGAAUAUGAUGGUGGACAGCUCCCAAAGAAACUGAAGGUCCUUGAACUCCCAUAUAUUAAUAGGAGCACUUGCAAAGAAUCCACUUACUUUGCAGUAACUGAGAACAUGUUCUGUGCUGGUUAUGACACAGAGCAAAAGGAUGCUUGCCAAGGAGACAGUGGUGGCCCCCACGUGACCAGAUAUAAGGAUACUUAUUUUGUUACUGGAAUAGUUAGCUGGGGCGAAGGAUGUGCAAGGAAAGGCAAAUAUGGUGUCUAUACCAAACUGUCCCGGUUCUUGCGCUGGGUAACAACAAUCAUGAAUUUGUAGUGGUGUGCUGUGUCCCUUGAUCCUCCUUGUUAGCUGCCAAGGUGCAGGAUUGGAAAUGGAAACUUUCUUUUUCUGCAUAUCUGUUAAGUUGGAUUUGAGAUCUGAUUCCUUAAAUUACAAUUGCUUCCAUUCAUAUUAUUCCUGGCUUUAAAGCACCCCUCUGUGGUCUGUGAAGGUCUUUGGAAUUGGUUGAAUGAAGGAAUUUCCCCAAGCAAAAAGGCUGCUGAGUGGGGGCUUUGGCUUCUUUUAUUGAUCAAUGUCCAUUUUGGUCCCUAUGUGUUGUCACGAGUGCUCCAACCAGAAGCUCCUAAACAUAUUCUGAACAGUGACUAGUCAUGAUGAAAGCAGGAAGGAUGGGAGUCACUUAAUCCUCAUAUUGCAGCCAUCUGGCUCAGCAGGGAGAUUGUCCAUACUGGUGUUGUUUAGCUUCUACCUUCAGAUGUGUUCAGAAGAUCAAGGGAGCAGGAGAUCUUGGGUGGCAAAGGCUGAGACACAAUUAAGUAAUCAAUACGUGAUGCUAAAGAAUCACAUGUUCCACAAAAUGGCCUGCUCAGAUCACAGCAGCUCUUUAAACAGGGGUUUUGCUUUAUAAGGAUUGUACUUUAUUCUAGUUUAAUUUUUACACUCUGCUCAUCAGAAAAAAUAUAUGUGCACAUUCACUCUUUUCUGUAUCUUGUUCUGGAUUGUGUAUGACUGAGGACUGGAAAACUCCUUGCAUGUGUAUUGUUCUAGAUGAUUCUGUUAGGUGCUAUAUUGAUGUACACCAGCAUUUGAAAUAAAACAUUCUUUCUUUUUU